GACUGGCGCCGGCCGGCACCAUGCUGCGGCAGUGCGCUCUGCGGGUGCUGAGUGGCGCCCGCGCGGGGCGCGGCUGUCGCCGCUACAGCUCGUGCUCGCCGAGCGCCAGCGGCGACGCUCGAGAAGCGCGGGCCUACUUCACUACGCCCAUUUUCUACGUGAACGCCGCGCCGCACAUCGGGCACCUGUACUCGGCGCUGCUGGCCGACGCCCUGUGCCGCCACCGUCGUCUCCGCGUUCCCGGCUCCGCGUCCACGCGGUUCUCCACCGGCACGGACGAGCACGGCCUGAAGAUCCAGCAGGCGGCGGCCACCGCGGGCCUGGCCCCAAUCGAGCUGUGCGAUCGAGUGUCUGCCCAGUUCCAGCAGCUUUUCCGGGAGGCUGGCAUCUCCUCCACCGACUUCAUCCGCACCACGGAGGCUCGGCACAGGGUGGCGGUGCAGCACUUCUGGGGGUUGCUGGAGGCUCGGGGUCUGCUUUACAAAGGGAUCUAUGAAGGGUGGUAUUGCGCCUCCGACGAGUGCUUCCUGCCUGAGGCCAAGGUUACUCGGCAGGUGGGUCCGUCCGGGGAUCCAUGUCCUGUGUCUCUCGAGAGCGGACACCCUGUCUCCUGGACCAAGGAAGAAAAUUACAUUUUCAGGCUUUCCCAGUUUCGAGAACCUCUCCAGCAGUGGCUUCGAAACAACCCUCAGGCGAUCACCCCGGAGCCGUUCCACCGGGCAGUCCUUCAGUGGCUGGAGGAGGAGCUGCCUGAUUUGUCGGUUUCUCGGAGGAGUAGCCACCUGCACUGGGGCAUUCCGGUUCCCGGGGACGACUCGCAGACUAUCUACGUGUGGCUGGAUGCCCUGGUCAACUACCUCACUGUAGCUGGCUACCCAGAUGCAGAGUUCAAGUCUUGGUGGCCCGCCACAUCACAUAUCAUAGGUAAGGACAUUCUCAAAUUUCAUGCUAUUUACUGGCCUGCCCUUCUCCUAGGGGCUGGAUUGAGGCCACCACAUCGCAUCUGUGUACAUUCGCACUGGACAGUGAGUGGCCAAAAGAUGUCCAAGAGCUUGGGCAACGUGGUGGAUCCCAGGACUUGCCUUGAUCGGUAUACUGUGGAUGGCUUCCGCUAUUUUCUCCUUCGGCAGGGUGUUCCCAACUGGGACUGCGACUAUUAUGAUGAAAAGGUGGUUAAACUGCUGGACUCCGAGCUGGCAGAUGCCAUAGGAGGGCUUUUAAACCGGUGCACCGUGCACAGAAUAAACCCUUCUGGGAUCUACCCGACUUUCUGUGCUGCCUGUUUCCCCAGGGAGCCAGGGGGCACGGGUCCGUCAGUUCGUGUGCAGGCAGAAGACUAUGAACUCGUAAAUGCAGUAGCCACUUUGCCCAAGCAGGUAGCGGGCUAUUAUGAUGCCUUUCAGAUCUAUAAGGCUCUGGAGGCGGUAUCCAGCUGUGUUCGUCAAACUAAUAGUUUCGUCCAAAGGCACGCACCGUGGAAAUUGACCUGGGAGAGCCCUGCUGAUGCUUCCUGGCUGGGUACCGUGCUUCAUGUGGCCCUGGAGUGUUUGCGAGUGUUUGGAACUUUGCUUCAGCCUGUUACUCCCAACUUAUCGGAUAAGCUGCUUUCAAGACUUGGGGUCUGUGCCACUGAGAGAGGCCUCGGGGAGGUCGACUUCCUACCUCGAUUCUAUGGACGCCCAAGCCCUUUUGAAGGGAGAAGGUUGGGACCUGACACUGGGCUUUUGUUUCCCAGACUGGACCAAUCCAGGACUUGGCUAGGGAAAGCAGACAGAACCUAGGAACGCAGUUCAUACUGGCUGGUGGUAAAAGAACAAAUGUAGUUUUUGCAUUUUCAGGAAAGUUAAAGUGUUCAGAAAGUGUUAAUCAGAGAUGAGCACAUGAGCUGUGUCCUUAAGAGCGACUGAGGUGCCUAACCCACCCUUUUCAUUUCUCUGUGCCACUAACCACUGUACUUGGUUCCCUAGUGUCUCCAAGAGAAGGACGGUUGAGGGCAGGACCAAGUUGCUGAUACUGUUCCUUCUCAUUGUACCUUCUCCCAAACCAUGGUCCACGCUACCUCUCAUAGCCUCUGCUCCUCAGGCUGAUUUAGCACAGUCCCUCCUUGAACUGCAACUGGGAUUCAAAGUCCCUGACCUGUUUUUACAGGUUAGCCCUACUUUGUUAAACACGGUAGGUCUCCUGUUAAAGAGACUUUCUUUCCUUCUUUCUUUUCUGAGAACUUUAGGAACCAGUGUCCUAGACUAGAUGAUUUUUGCCCAUGUUUGUACUCACUUUGCAGUUGUGCUUUAUAAUACUACACUUCAUCCAGUAGGGGACUCUGCUCUCACAAUUCAGCCUCUUCACAGCGUGGCUUCAGAAGACUUAGAAUUAUUUUCAGCUUUCUAAAUUCACAGAGCUUUAGAAUUUUACCGUUUUUCUUAAAGGAUAACUUUGAAACCACUGUUAUUUUAACAAUACAAGAUACUAGGGUUCUCAUUUUAAAACUACUAAAAGUGACAUGUACAAUAAGCUAGUAGGUAAAUAUAACAGGUUUAUAUGAUAAAACUAAAGCUCUUGAGGUACACUGUGUAGUACCAGUAUAAAUUUCAGUAGUGGUUAUAUGUAUAAUGCAUCUAUAAAGCCCUCUCUUUAUAUUUCUUAUUUCUUAACUUAGACAUAUAUAAUUUACCUCAUAUUACUAUUUUUGGUCAAUCAGGAUACAUAGUACAAAAUCAUGUAAUAUUGUUAUUAAUAUAUUUGUCAAAGUAAUUUUUGUUGAUUACUUUUCUUUGAGACAAGGUUUCACUAUGCAGUUCAGUCUCCUGCCUCAACCUUUCAGGUGUUGGUAUUACAGGGUGUGCCACAAUGCCUGUCUUGUUCUUUCAACUUGUUAUUAAAGCUUGAUCAUAACUACCUUA